ACAAAGCUUAUCCUUAAGUGAUGAUGAUGCUGUGCUCCUCACAUACAUGAAGCUCUAUCAUGACUUAACAUUUUCUCUGUUGGCGGUGUUGUUUAGUGUCCACCGUACAACUGUGCCGAACAUUUUCAAGGAUUCAAUUGUAAUUCUAGCAAGCAUUCUUGAGCAUGCAAUUUUCUGGCCAACAAAGACCGCAGUUGUGAACUGUCUCACAAUGUAUUUCAAAGAAUACAAAGACACGAGGAUGGUGCUUGACUGCACUGAAAUAGAAAUUGAGCGCCCAAAAGAUAUAGUAGUAAGGCUCCUCACAUACAGCCACUAUAAGCGCACGUACACUGCAAAGGUCCUGGUGAGUGAGACACCAGGAGGAUUAAUUAGCUAUGUAAGUCAGGCAUAUGGAGGGAAAGCGUCUGACACAUACAUCACAAAGGAGUGCAGAGUUCUUGACAAGUGUAUUCCCCAUGUUCACAGUGUGAUGGUAGAUAAAGGCUUCCUAAUCGGUGAACUUUGCAAAGCAAAAAAUAUCAAAAUGAUCAGACCUCCAUUCCUCAUGGAAAAACAGCUCACUGCAGAGGAAGCUAGGAGAAACCAAUCCAUAGCAAGCGCCCGAGUACAUGUGGAGAGGGCCAUUCAAAGGAUGAAACUGUACCACAUUUUUAACAAUCGGUUUGAUCUCGACUUUGUGCCAUACAUUGACAGCAUAUUCGAAAUAAUUGCUGGAACUGUGAAUCUCUCAAGGCCAUUGUUCAGUAACAACAAGUUCCUUUUGAACUGA